AUGUUCUGCAAGUUACAUGAUUGGGUGGACAAAUUAUUGUAUCACUGUCGGGAACUGGAACUUGAACGCAUCUCUGCAUGCUUCUGGCACACUUCAUGUGGCACCAUGGCCGCCUCCGUAGCGCUUAUUCAAGGGGCGAGUAGAGGAUUGGGACUUGCUUUCUGCAAACAUAUCUUAAAUAAAAGUCCUGCGGUGGUCAUUGCCACAUGUCGGGAUCCUGAUGCAGCAGCAGGAUUACAGGAGCUAUCGGCCAAGCACAGAGACAGGCUGACCCUACUCCGGCUGGACGUUACCUCGGAGGAAGACAUCCGAGGCUCCGCGGAGCUGGUGAAGAGCAGGUUUGGGAGGCUGGACCUACUCGUGAACGCCUCCGCACAGCUUCAUCCUUCAGGGAAAGGGGAGACCAGUCUGAGGGACGUCUCUGCACAGGGCAUUUUAGCCACAUUGACAACAAACACCGUGGGCCCUCUGGUUAUGGCUAAGUAUUUUGCACCUCUUCUCCAAAAAGGAGGAGGUGGCUUUGGUCAACAACCUGGAGAAAAGGCUAAGCAGCACAGUGGCGUCAUUGCCAACAUUACUGCAAAGGUCGGCUCCAUUGGUGACAAUGGUCUUGGUGGAUGGUACAGUUAUCGAUUGUCAAAAGCAGCACUGAAUAUGGCAACCAAAAAUCUGUCUAUAGAACUGGGUCGUGCUAGGCCAAAGGUGCUGUGUGUGUCUUUACACCCUGGAACACUAAACACAGAUCUGUCCAGGCCUUAUCACAAGAAUGUACCAAAGGACAAAUUGUUCACCACUGAGCACUCCGUAAACUGCUUAAUGCACAUUAUUGACACUCUAGACAUUAACCGGACUGGAAAAGCCUUCAACUGGGAUGGAACUGAGCUGCCCUGGUAG